GACAGAACUAUAGGAAACCCUCAUCUGGAUAACUGUGCUAUUCAGGAUCAGCUCGUAUUCUAUACUGUGGAUAUAUAUAUUACGUUAUAAAGAUGGGGAGGAUGGCCAAAUCGGUUUUAUUUGCCAUUACUGUUCAAAUGAUGUUCAAGUUCGGCAAUACUUUGUUUGCAACUACCCACGUCCCCAUAAUUGCCAAGAACGGGGAGAGCGUCACGCUGCCAUGCUCCCAUGGAUGGAAUCUUUCUCGAGUCGAGGACAGGAAAGACCUGGAUCAUGCCACCUGGUACUUAACUAAUCCUGACCGUACUGACACUGUCGCUUCUCACGAAUGUCCAGAUGAUAACCCUAAAUCAUGUAAGACAAGGACAUCGAAUAGUCAGGUCUCCCUUGACCUUGACUUCGAGAACCAGACAGCGAAUCUCAUCAUCACAAAUGUCCAGAGUACGAACAGCGGGGUGUAUUUCUGUUUGGUAGUGACCGUCAAUGGUAUCAUCCAAACCUCUGUCAAGCUCACUGUUAGUGGGUCUGAUACAUCCGUUCGCAUUACGUCAUCCGGCGGUCAUCCACCCGACGAGCCAAGCAAAGUAAUCGUCACGGCCAAUACCACGGAAACACUCAAGUGUUCUGCUUAUGUGAAUAAGGGCUACCCUGGCACACUCGUCUGGACAGCCCAAGAUCUCAGUUUGCAAGAGGAACCUCAAAAGAAGUUCGACAUCAAUGAAGACGAAUAUUAUGUGACGUCAUCGGUGACGUUUCAUCCAACACAUGCUGAUAAUGGUAAAUGGGUAGAAUGUGGAAUCAGGGAAAGCGAAAAAUCACCGAGACGAGUCAAGUUGAUGGUUAAAGAUAAAACAGAUACGUCAUCAACGGGUAACCCUCUUAUCCCAAUAAACAAUGAAACUUCAAGCCCAGUAUGUUUUCAUCGCCAAAGUCGGAAGGCUAAUAACUCCUCUCGGAACAAUACCUGUUGCCAGGCAAGAGAUAUCGUCUUUCUGCCCAGUAUUUCACCGAAUGGGGAUAUCGCUAUUUUAUGCUGCACAGGGCGUGAGGUUGGGUCAUGCCACUCUCUACAGUUCAACAUUGCUGGAGAUAGUAGGCCUGACGCAGAGGAAACGGUGAGUGAGUCCAGUCAUACCAUAGCGACAAUUAUGUCCAUCUCGCUUUAUGUAAUCAUUGGAGCCGGUAUCCUUAUCAUUCUAUCUGUCUCCAUCUGGAGAAAGAGGAAAGUUUUCAGGUGUCCACGAAAGGAACACAUAUAUUGUGAUCCUCCUGACCUGCCGGCAAGAGUGACAUCGUUGCCCCCUCCUCCUCGCUCGUGGAUUGAAUACGAAUACGAAGAUGGUUCCUUUAUGACGUCAUAUGAAGAAUGCAACUCGAUCAGGGAUGACGAACUGCAAGAGCUCUCGACCACCUUUCCCGGCCACGCCCCGAGAGCACACCGCUCUCUCAGCCGAACGAUAUCGACACUCAGUCGGCGGGGGCUUCGCGACUCUGAAGUGGUGUACGCCAAUUUUCCAUUCACAAAUGUUCUUUCGAGGAUAAAAGCGAUUGGAUGGUCCUACUUCUGAUGAUGUGAUGUCUUCUUAUGCAAAACAACAGAACCGAUGGAUUGCGAUGCAGACGUUGCGGGUGCUGCCGACGAUGGCAUCUUUUUCGCAUCCAGUGUCAUGUUCUGGCACCAAAUUUAGUGUUAUAUCGAUGAUGAUUUUUAGCUCCAUUUUAAUAGAAGUCCCUGAUUAUGGUGAAGGUGCAGACUUCAUCACAGGGCAAGAGGUCAAAAUUGAAAAAAAAAAUUUAACCAGACUCUCCGAACCAUGGUUGCAUUUUAUCUGAGUGUGAGGUCCUUACCAUGGCCGUACGCAGCGUAAAAAUUUUGAGAACUUACAUUUUUCUUACUGAAAAUUUUCACAAAAAUCACCAAAAGUGUGCAAGAAAACGAAAUUCUAUUUCACUUAAGCAAAUGCAAAAGCGCUCCCAUGACAAGCUCGGUUUAUUUUCAAGUUUAUGUGUAGGUGUCUUUCCCGGAUGCCCCCCCCC